UGACAUUGACAUUUGAUUUGACCGCUUCUGCCAAAUUCUGUUCCUCUCCUGCAUUUAUUUGUUUCACGAUUUCUAUUUAUAGAUAAAUGACAAACAAAGAGUGAUAAUCAAAGAAUUUUACAUAAUUCGUAAGUUAUUUCAUAAUAUUGGUGCUGUGCUUGUGUGUAAGGAAAUUCACCUAACAUUACACAAAAAGUUUAUCUUGUAAAUAAAAUGGCUUUACCUGGUAGUGUGUUUCCAGAAGAUAAACUACCACAAUGUUGGUCGGACGACGUGCGUAUGAAUGCAUUAUUCGCUCCUUUUAGAUUAAAGUCCUCCAAUCCUGAAUCUUGGGAUAUGAAGAUGAAGUUUUGGUCAGAUAUGUUGAGACUGUGGUGUAAAUACAAGAAAGAUCCUAUAUUGUGCUCUGCGGACGCCAAGUUUGCAUUUCAACGUAAAGGCAGGACCUGCGCAUGCUUGGACAUUGUUAUUGAAGAAAUGUUUAGGAGUGGUGAACUAUCGCCUUUGUCAAAAUAUCAACAGAUCCUUCAUAAUGGCCCUGAAGGUUGGGUACGCUGGGGCGCUCGGUUAGCCUUCAAACCUGCAGCAUUUGCACUCACAGCGGUUACUUCGCUACUACCAGCUAAGCAGCUUUUGGAUAAUGAUGGACUCCCCAAAGCUAGUAUUGAGACCACACAAAGAUUUGUACUGGAGAGUGCAGUGAAAGAUCAGGCCACAGAACUUCUAUAUAAUUUCCCUCCUGGAGUUGAACGCAUUGGUACAAUAGAUCAGUUAAUGAAAGUAAGCGGGUUUCAGCAAGGACGAGAGACAUUUGAGGUUUUGUUGGGUUAUCUUGUGUCCCAGGGCAGUGCCGUUAAAGAAGAUGAUGUGGUCAAACUUGCAGAACCCAAUAAGAAAACUACACCUGUAUCUGAAACUGAUAAGGCCCUAGUCAAACUGAUGUCGUCGGAAGUGCGAUUGUCGUGUGAUGCGGCGCGAUUGUCGCGCGACGUUGCGAUGGCAGAGAGCGAUGCUAAGGCAGCAUUGCAGCUCGGCAACAGAUUAGCUGCAAAAAAUCAUCUUAGACGUAAACACAAAGCCCAACAACGUCUCACUCAAUGUGAAUCCGCAUUGGACAAUGUGAAACAACUGUUGCAGCAAAUGAGAGAGGUAGACGUGAAUGCUGCCAUUGUAGACACAUACAAAACUAGCUCUCAAGCUAUGAAGCGGGGCAUGGAGGAGUCUGGUUUGGAUGAGGAUGCAGUCCAUGACACGAUGGAUUCUUUGAAAGAAGUGCUAGAAUCAUACAGUGAAGUAGAAAAGGCGUUAGGCACCACAAUAGACGAUUAUGAUGCAGAGGAACUAGAACAAGAGCUGAAGGAGCUUCUAAACCAACCUGGACCUCCAGGAGGAGGCACUCCAGCCAAGUCAGAAAAAACAGCAAGAAAGGAGCCAAAGAAGAUAAGUGAGCGGGACUUUGUUUUUGAUGGUGAAGAGCGUAUCCUAGCAGAAUUGGACAAAUUGGAUGUGGAUGCGUCCAGCCCUGGCCGUGAGAAACGUGAAAAAAUUGCUGUAGCAGACAGCUUUGUAGAAAAACCAAAGGAAAGUUCCAAUCGGCCUACAAAGAGUUGGUAUCUUCCCGCUGAUAAGGUUGGUGAUGCUUGGUCAAGUGAGCUCCGACAAGACGACAGACUGCACCCUGGUCAGCCAGCGGAUGUAGACUACACCUCUCCUCCACGGCUCUACAGCAAUGAUUUCCAAGUAAGAGAUCAUAAGAUUGACAAUGGGGUUUGGUAUUUUAAUAAGAGAGAGGAUGGUGCCUUGGCCUCUAGUACUGAGUACUUCAGUGCUGAAAGUCCAGGGAAAACUGGUGGUUCUUUUCAAAUGGCUCCCGGCGGAGAACGAGAGAAGCAGCCAGUGUGGCACGGUGAAGAAGAAGGGAUUGACGAACUGGAGCGCAGAUUGAAAAACCUAAGAGGAUUCCACUUGUAAACUAUUUUAUGUCAGGCACAAAAGUUUCACAGAUAUUAUGUAUUUUAACUUUUAUAUUCUAAGGACAUUGUUAUAGCUUAAAUUUUGGUGACUGUUUGAAUUUGUACCAUGGUAGGCCCUGAUUCACCUAAUCCUCUGUAACCGCAAAGAUCCUGUGAACAUUCUGGGAAAUUAUGACUUUCCAAGGGUGAAGGCACCUUAUGGACGGGUUUUUGGUAUGUUUUUAUUUUUGAUCUGAAUAGUUUUUGAGUAACAGAAUAAAGAUGUGGAAUGUCACAAAUAUUCUUAUUCUCUGUAUUGUACAAAAGGCCGCUAAUAUUAUCAUAGUUCGUGUUUGAUACAUCUUGGAGAAAUGAAUGUAUAGUAUAGAUAGGUAUAAGAUUUAUUUGGUUUUUUACACAAUUUUUUUGGCACAUUUUUUUAUUGUUUAUAACAGCUUCUCUUGACUGUGUGCAUCAUCGUGUGCGUAUUGUGACUGUGUGCAUCAUCGUGUGCGUAUUGUGAUUUACAUCUCACCUCGAUUCACAGUAAGAUGCAGCUAACCAAUCAUCGUGCGCCAUUGUGACGCAACGACAACCACACCGCAAUGUGAUUGGUUCGCUGCGUCUCACUUCGAAUCGACUCGAUAGUGAAAUCUGGUAAUGCUUAUCAAUCAUGCAUUUCCAUUGCUAAAAUAUGUAGAAUAUACACCAGAACGACAAAUCACUUCACGACAAAACACACCCUUAACCUAAUUACCUUUUUUAGGCAUUUUUGGAUUAAGAUAAGAGUCUAGGUAUACUUACAUAUGCUAUAAAUUAUAGACUUACAUUUAGAUGUUAUAUUUUUCUAUCUUAUUUUUGAUUGUAAUCUGUUUGAUGUGGAAUAAAAAAUAAAAAAUUAAAAAAAAUACUAACUGACAUUGCAUGUUAAUUAUUUUUAUUUUAAAAUCAAUGUCAGUUAAAUUCUAAAUCUAUGUUAAAAAUCUCCAUUAUGACUUGCUCCGGCAUAUCAAGAGAAUUUAGUUUUAAUAUUAUUUAAUGGACUAUUAAAACUGUGUGAUUAUUAAUCUAAGAGUAAUAGCUAACUGCAUAUCUUGUAAUAAUAUAAAUUAUAUUAAUAUUGUUGUAGUAUAGUGUUAACAUCCCUACGGCCAUAUUGCAUAUUGCUUGACAGGUGUGAAGUUCAAGGUAUAAUAGAUAUUUUAAUUUAGUAUUUUAUUAAUUUGGCUAUAUUGUCUUGAAGCAUUAGAACUACUGAUCUGUUUCGAAAUGCUUAUUUUACGAGUUAGCCAUUCGCCGUCGCCUUACGUCAUGUUGACGGAUCAACGAAGAACAAUGAAAAAAUUGUAUGGAAUUGCGACGCACGUCUGUCAAAACUUAUAAUAAUCACGACAGCAAAACGGAGCAAUGUGGUUUGGCUCUCAAUUAACAUUAUAUUAUCGUACAGUGUCAUUUUGUUAAUGACCUCGGGCUCCACGGUGUCUCGGCCCCGAACGCAACUGAGAACACGAAGAUAAGAGAUUAUGCUACUGUUUCUAAGGGCUCUGCAUUAGAUCGCACAUUGUUAGUAUUAAGAAAAUUGUCCGUCCUAUAAUAUGCCUUCUUAUUAUAUAUCUUAUUGGCGAUUUGGCCUGGCUUCGCACAGGAUCAAUGUGUGAACAAACCUUCUGGAAUACAAUAUUUAAAUAAAAGUGGAAACUGCAUCAAAAUCCGUUGCGUGGUUUAAAAGAAGGAAGCUUAGAAACAGACAGACGCAUGAAACGACUAUGUUUUAUACUAUGAAAUGAUUAUUAUAUCUAUAAUCUUAUUUUCUAUCAGGCAUAUCAAGGACACAUUUUGGCGCCUUUUGAAUCACCAAUAUGUGUAAUACUCAGAAGAAAAAAAAAACUCGAAAUAUGUAAUAGUUUUUUUUUUACCUGCUAUACUUUGUAUUUUGUUAGUUUUGGUGUGACUAAAGGGGAAUGAAUAUUGGCAGUUUAUCGAGUGUACAAAUUAAUUUAACCUUAGGCCUCCUGAAACUUUUGUUUUUUUCGCAAAAUAUGUAAGUAAAAACACAUUUUAUUGAAAUACGCGACAUAAAUUAGUUUUAGAAGAUUUCUGCUAUCUUUAAAGCUAAUUUAAUCUCCAUCUUGGAAUCUUUAUUUAGAUCAAAGUAGUUUAAUUAGUGUCGAUGGUAACUGCUUCUAGCAAUAACUAGAUAGGUAGAUGAUAUGAAAUUGUAUAAAUAUGUUAUUCUGAGAAUAAGUAAUAAAUGUUUUUUUACCGCA